AAAGGUCAGUUUUAUGCAGUGAAGGCUUUAAAAAAGGAUGUGGUGCUGAUGGACGAUGAUGUCGAGUGCACCAUGGUGGAGAGGAGGGUCCUGUCUUUGGCCUGGGAGAACCCUUUCCUCACACAUCUUUACUGUACCUUCCAGACCAAGGAAAACCUGUUCUUCGUGAUGGAGUAUCUGAAUGGAGGGGAUCUCAUGUUCCACAUCCAGUACUGCCACAAGUUCGACUUGUAUAGAGCCACGUAUGUAUCCAAUCCAAAGACACGGCCUCCAACAUUAGCUCGCUGCGUUCCCAUUAGCUAAUCACUUAGCUUUGAAGGUUUUGGGCGGGAGGCUUCGGACAAACGGACUUACCCAUUUCUACUGUUUAACCUUGUUUCAUUCUGGACUAAUGAGAAUGGAAAUUGCUGUUUUAAAGAGCAU